GGAGGCCGAAGCCGAAGGGGAUCGAGGCCGAAGGAGGCCGAGAGGGCGAUGUGGGAGCCGGGCCCCGCCGCCGCUUGUCCCCGGCCUCGGCCCCGGCCUCGGCCUCGGCCCCGGGCCCCCGGUCCGGCCGGCUACGUGCUGGGGCUGGACGUGGGCACCACCGUCAUCCGCGGACACGUUUACGACCGGCGGACCCACAUCCGGGGCUCCAGCUACCACAAGGUAGAAAUACUUUAUCCUCACAGUGGCUGGGUUGAAAUAGAUCCUGAAGUUCUGUGGACUCAAUUUAUUGCUGUAAUAAAAGAAGCUGUACAAGCUGCAGGAAUACAGAUGAAUCAGAUUGUUGGUCUUGGUAUCUCAACACAGAGAGCAACUUUCAUUACAUGGAACAGGACGACAGGAAAUCCUUUCCACAACUUCAUUAGUUGGCAAGACCUCAGGGCAUCUGACCUGGUCAAAUCCUGGAACAAUUCUUUUCUAAUGAAGGCAAUUCACAGUUUCUCCAAAGUGCUUCAUUUUUUCACUCGAAGUAAACGACUUUUAGGGGCCAGCUUAUUUACUUUCACCACACAGCAUGUUUCUUUGAGACUGUCAUGGGUUUUGCAGAACCUAAUGGAGGUGCAAAGAGCAGUUGAAACAGAAAAUUGUUGUUUUGGAACUGUUGAUACUUGGUUGUUGCAUAAACUCACAAAAGGCUCUGAAUAUGCCACUGAUUUUUCCAGUGCUAGUGCAACAGGACUUUUUGAUCCGUAUCAGAUGUGUUGGAGUGGUUUUCUUACCUGUCUGCUUUCCAUACCCUUGUCUCUCCUACCUCCCGUGAAGGAUACAAGUCACAACUUUGGGUGUGUGGAUGAACAGAUACUCGGUGUGCCUAUACCAAUAGUGGCUUUGGUCGCUGACCAGCAGUCAGCCAUGUUUGGAGAAUGCUGCUUUCACCGAGGAGAUGUAAAACUAACCAUGGGAACAGGGACCUUUAUGGAUAUUAAUACAGGAAACCACCCACAACAGACUGUUGGAGGCUUUUAUCCACUGAUUGGUUGGAAGAUAGGUCAAGAAGUUGUGUGCUUAGCUGAAGGCAAUGCAGCCGACACCGGAACUGCCAUUAAAUGGGCUCAGGAAUUAAAUCUUUUCACAGAUGCAGCUGAGACUGAUAAAAUGGCCAAAAGUUUAUGCAGUUCUGCAGGAGUGUAUUUUGUCCCAUCCUUUAGUGGCUUGCAGGUGCCAUUAAAUGACCCAUGUGCGUGUGCCUCUUUCAUGGGUCUGAAGGCUUCCACCAAUAAAUGCCAUCUUGUACGAGCCAUAUUGGAGGCUAUAGCUUUCAGAAACAAACAACUGUAUGAGAUGAUGCAGAAGGAAAUUCAUAUUCCAGUUACAAAAAUUCGGGCAGAUGGAGGAGUUUGUAACAAUAGUUUUGUGAUGCAGAUGACUAGUGAUUUAAUUAACGAGAAGAUAGACCGGCCUGCCCAAGUAGACAUGUCUUGUCUAGGAGCUGCAUUUUUAGCUGGUCUUGCUGUUGGAUUUUGGUCUGACAAAGAAGAGCUGAAGAAUCUGAGGAAAAGUGAAAUGGUUUUUGAGCCACAGAAGAAAUGGAAAGAAUAUGAACAUAACAUGCAAAACUGGAUGAAGGCGGUUCAACGUUCUAUGAACUGGUAUUAACACACACUACGUGGAAGAAUUCUGUAUUUUUGAAAAAUUGUUUUCUAUUCAGUCAAAUCUUUACAUUGAUAAGGCAACAAUACCUCAUGAACAAAACUUUCCUUUGGAGUUUACGCUUACGAAACAGAAGAACACAGAAACGCACCCGUCGCUUUCCACAAAUCUUCCUGCUGCUAUCUGAUCGCUCCAUUAUUACUUUGGAGUCUCAUUUUUUCUUUCACUUACCGGAGACCAAUUUUACGUUAAAGCUCAUUUAUUUCUGGAACAUGAUACUGCUGGACUGAACCACGUGCAGGUGCAACUCAAUGAAAUUCAGGUUCUGUCACUUGCAUCUUCAACUUUGUAUGAGUUUUCAAGUCCGCAUACUAUAGAAAAGGAAAGAUUUCCAUGCCAAAAAUGUCGUAUCUCUUCUGAAGCAACAUAACCAUUUGAUAGUUUUCUAAGCCAUAAUCGUUAAAAUGUUCCAUAUCAAAAUAUGAGCUCAGUUUAAUAACUGU